AGCAUGCUUUCACAAUCAGUUUCCGGAAAAAGAAAGAGCAAAGAAAAGAAUCACAACCAUCACGAGAGAAGAUUUUUGGGAAACAAAAGAAAUUGACCAUCCAUUUGUGUUUGUUAUGAACAGCUAAAUCAUAGAAGCCAUCACCAACACUUUUCAAACUGAUCUUAAGUUGAGAAGCCAUUAACACACCAAAGCCACAGCACUUUUCACGGUUCCUGUUAGUUGAGGUGGCAGCGCCAUACAGUACUGAUUAACAUUCUUUCAAUUAUAUGGAUAAAAACUAAAGAAACAGUGAAGAUAAAAUGGAUACAUAAAGUCUUCCUGAGAUUUGGAUAGAUGAGUACUGGUGCCCAGAGAUACCCUGAUUUCUUCAAAGUCUUCCUCCCAGAGAGGCACUCUGAGAGAAUGCUUAUACCAAAUGCUUUUGUGAGGUUGCCACAGUUACAAGGAAGGAUCCCUGAGGAUGUGAUCCUGAGAAAUGCUAGUGGGAGAGUGUGGCAUGUCAAAACACGAUAUGUUGGAGAGAAAUUAUAUUUUGAUGAUGGGUGGAGGGCUUUCCAUCAAGAAAACUGCUUAGGCCAAGCAGACUUUCUUGUCUUCAAGCUUGAACGGAGAAAUGAGUUCGUGGUACUAAUCCUUCAAUUAUCAACACAGUGUCAAAAGCCUUUGGUAAAGAUGGAGGAGGAGCAAGCAGCAACACAACUAGUUGAGGAGCCAGACAGCUCUUCCGAUGAUGAUGAUGAAGAGAGUGGAGAAGAAUUCAGUGCUGGAUUCAAUCUUCAAAGUCAUCAUAGAAGAGCUUGCAAAAGGGAGACUGCAUCAAGUUCCAACCCCAAUGCUGAAGAUCCUCUUCCAGAAUAUGUAUUUGAUCCACAAAUGUGUAUUCAUCCGGAGAAUCAUUUUUUUAAAGCAAAGCUCUACAGAACUAGACCCAACGAAUUGCAUAUUCCAGGAAAUGCCAUUCAAGAAUUUUCCCUUACUCUUCCUGAAAAGAUCACCCUUAUAUGUUGUCAACCCUGCCAGCGCAAGGAUAUUCCAAUGAAUGAAUUGGGAGACUAUCAUCAUAAUUUGACACCCAUCCGCAUAAAGUAUCAGGAAGUGACAGGAAGAGUGUGUAGGUGGCAAGAUCAUAGAAUAUAUAUCAAGGGUUGGGCAAGCUUUUGUAGAAGGAAUAAAAUUGAAAGAAAUGAUACAUGCUUCUGUGAAGUUAUAUCAGGGGAAGACCAAGUAGUAAAAACACUACGGGUGCAUGUUGCUAGGCGGAGAUGAACACUACGGGUGCAUGUUGCUUAUUUUUAAUUAAUUACAUGCUGUAAAUAUUUUUUGGAAUUAUUACAUUUCAUUCUCUUAUGUAAUAAUGGUUUCUUCCAUUUUCUCAUGGAAUGGUAACUAUAUUUGUCUGUAGUUGGUUGCAGUGUUGCACCAUCAUUUAGCUUACAUUAUUUCACUGCUUAUCCAUUUGUCUUGUUCUGCUUUGGACAACUUCUAUUUAUUGAAUUGGAAUUUGGAAUCUUGUUUGUGGACUUCAA